AUGGCUAAUUCCAGAAAACUUGAAUUUGCAGAUGCUUCUGCCAUUGUGCAAUCUCACCAGAAAGAUGAUCAAAUCGAAAGUAUUCUGACCUCAAAACUGGCGGACGCAACAAGGGCAAUCAAAGGCCAGUACUUCUCAAACGUAUACUCAAAAGAAAUCUCCACUUGCGCCAAACUGCUUUAUCUUGCACUGACUACCCUGAGAGGGAGAAGAACUUUGGGAGAAGAAUACGUAGAUCUACUCCAUGUUAACCGAAAUGGCGAAAAGCUUCCGCGCAUGCUGCAACGUUUGCUUUUCGUCCUUUCGCAUGCACUGAUUCCAUACGCAUAUUACAAGAUACUCGGCCGGCUCUCUAGAAGCAAAGAUGCAGGUGGUCAGAACGAAAAUGGCUUGCAGACUCCGAAGUCAACUUUGAGAAAGUUAUUGAAUACCAAAACGUUCCAGGGCGUUGUAAAUGUUUCGACGGACCUUAAUCUUCUAAAUUUCUAUUUUAAAGGGGCAUUUUACGAUAUUUCAAAGCGGAUAUUUGGCUUAAGAUACGCAGUUGGCCAUAAAAUAAGCGAAUCAGAAGAGAACUUCCGGAGCUCUAGUAGCAAGACUUACCGACUGCUUGGAUUGGUACUUUUAGUACAAUUUGUUACAAGAAAUGUACCGCCCAUCGUUACUUGGCUGAAAAAGGAGCUGAUCGUGAGCCCGCUCAGUGAUAAAACUUCGUCAGAAAUACAGAACAAUGCUUCUUUAGUGAUAACAGGAGUACCGUCUAAAGAUAUCGUCAAUCAUGUCGACCUUCAAGAUCCAGCGGAGUUAAGCUUUAUCCCAAGCGAAUCCAGAAAAUGUAUUUUAUGUUUAAGUUUGAUGGUGGAUCCCAGCUGUGCUCCUUGUGGCCACUUAUUUUGCUGGGACUGCCUUCUUAACUGGUCUAAAGAAAGACCGGAAUGUCCUUUAUGCCGCCAGACAUGUCAAACACAGAGCAUUCUUCCCAUAAGAUAA